AUGGAAUACCUAAGAUAUCCCGAAUUCACUGGGGACGCCCUCGAACAAGUCUUAGAACCUCUGACAUGGCUCAUCAACGACAAGAAGCUCCAUAACCUUGCCUGCUUGUAUGCAGAGACGUUCGCAGACCUUGCGAAAGAGUCAGAAGAGCAUUUCCUCCCGACACCAGUGACGAAGCUUCCGACAGGGAAAGAGAAGGGAAAAUUCUUGGCAAUAGACGUAGGCGGGACUAAUCUGAGAGUUGGCUUUGUUGAGCUUCUCGGCAACGACGACACCGCAGCGUCGGAAGGGAACGUGCCUGGCGUUGCGCAGAUAAGGAGGUCUCACGAGGAAGCAUGGCCGAUAGAGGAGCAUUUGAAGAUGGAUAAAGCCGAGGACCUGUUUUCCUGGAUCGGCGACUGUAUAGCUGAAGUCAUCGCAGAUGCCAUGAAUGCGGGAGUGGACGAUUUGGGCGAUGAGAUCGCGCUAGGCAUCACCUUCAGCUUUCCCAUGAAGCAAGAUUCAUUAUCGGAGGCGACGUUGAUGCCUAUGGGCAAAGGCUUUGCAAUCACAUCAGAUGUCAACCUGGGAAACAUGCUCCUUUCAGGAUAUGCACGCCACUGUGUGGAGCACAUAACGAAUGGCGGCGCUCAAGCCGAGAACGGUAGCACGGAACCGUCAACGAAGAGUAGAAAAAUCUCUAAACUGCCGAGGCUUCGGGUGGCCGCCAUAACAAACGACACCGUCGCUACGUUUGCGUCCUUGGCAUACGCCUUCAAGUCGGCUCCCAAUUCCAGGGCAGUCAUGGGUCUCAUUGUCGGUACAGGAUGUAACGCCACGAUACCAAUGAAGCUGAAAGCCCUAAGUGACGCAAAAAGGCAGUCCAUAAGACUACCACAAGGCGCAGACCCAGAAGACACCAAAAUCGUCAUCAACACCGAAUGGACGAUCAAAGGCACAGACCUACCCCUUGACAGCAUAGGCAUGAAGACGCAUUGGGACGAGGUGCUUGACAAAGCUUCAGACGCACCGGGCUUCCAACCAUUCGAGUACAUGACCGCAGGCCGCUAUCUAGGCGAGCUCGUCCGGCUUGUCAUGGUCGACUUCAUGGGCCGUCGCGGUGGAGGGAAAGGAAUGCCCACUGCCUUGAGGAAGAAGAACUCUAUAUCGACAACAUUCCUCGCCACUGUGGUCGCGCAAGACGAUGAUGACCUACUCUACGAAAAGCUGGACGAGAUGUUUCCCACUCCAUCCAAGAAUAGCAAUUUCGAGUGGUCGGUGGAAAAGGUGGAGAUGCUUCGAGGCGUAGCCCGUGCAGUGCAAGUCCGGUCCUCAGCGCUAAUUGCCGCUGCUACUGUGGGACUUCUCGCGUGCGUAGGGGAGAUCGAUCUGGAGGACCCGGAAGCCAAAGGUCCCGGCUUCAGCAGACGUGGCAAUGACGAUCCUACGGAAGGUAUCGACGUCUCCGGCGCUGUGGAGGAGUUGGUAGUCGGAUAUACCGGCGGGACCAUCUCGCGGUAUCCGGGCUUCUUGGAGACUUGCCAGAACUGGAUAGACAAUCUGGUCAGCAAGGGCUCGCCGAGGAACGCUAAGAAGCGGGUGGUGCUACGGGAAGCCACGGAUGGGGGAAUCAUAGGCGCUGCCGUGCUGGCUGGGACCACCUUGAACGGCUCGUGA